AUGGCAUUGAUAGGUAAUAUUGAAGCUUUUACCGGUGUUCCAGAAGAAUUUGAAUCCUACAUAGAAAGAUUAGCACAGUUAUUCAUUGUUAAUACGGUUUCAAUGGUUUUGAAAAACUUAGUGGUCCCACCAACGGACUUUACGUUCCAAGAAGUGAAAGAGAAAUUGAUUAAACAUUUUUCUCCACUCGUGUCCGAAAUCUACGAACGUUUUGUUUUCAAUCGGUGUGAACAAAAAGCUGAUCAAUAUAUCUUUGAUUACAGUGUAGAGCUAAGGAAGUUGGCAUAUUCUUGUAAUUUUGGACAGUUUCUAGAAGAGGCUCUAAGCGAUAGGUUUGUUUGCGGGAUUAGAGUCGAAGGAAUACAAAAGAAGUUGUUGGGUGAGGUAGAUUUAACAUAUCAGAGUGCUUGUCAGUUAGCUUUGGCCUCAGAGGUAGCACAGAAACAAGUUAAGUUGUUAUCCGAGGGAGAAGUUAUCAUAGAGGUAAAUGUCCAGCUAAAAAAUGAAGAUGUUUUAAUUGUGCAAAAGUUGGGUCAUGUCAAGAAUUUGUAUCCAGAUAUUCAACCACAACCUAUGAAAGUAGUACAAGAGGAAGAGUAUAACAUUGAGAGGGAUGAGGUAAAAAAUGACAUAUUUACUCUUCAUACAGUGAGUGAUAUGUCAAAUUCUGCAUAUCAUGUAACCUUAAAAAUAAACAAUAAUAAUUUAACCUUUGAGGUAGAUACUGGUGCACGUAGAGCAGUAAAUGUCUGUCAACCUAUUAAAGCUGUAGGUGAAUGUACAUUAUGGGAGUAA